AUGGAGUGCACACAGGAGCUGGAGGCUGAGGAGGAAGAGGAGGAAGAGGAAUCGCAGGCCAAGGAUGAGAAGAAGACGAAAAAGGCUGGAAAGAAGGAUGGAUACCCAUCGGCUGACGCCAACGACGGCGAGGAGGGUGAGACCCAGACCGACUCCCAGACACAGCUUUUGCAGAUGCUCCGGAAGCGGGGCCCCUGCGAGGAGUCUCGGCGGCACACGGCACGAGAACAUCCCUUCUGGGACACCCAACCGGUUCCCUCCAUGAGCUCCGAGUAUGACCAAGAUGCCGGACCACUGGACGAGCUGAAGACUGUCGACGAUGUACGCCCGGAGCCCUAUCCAUUGCCUGGGCAGUUUGAGUGGUGUACCUGCAAUGUGGAUGAUGAUGCCGAGAUGCAGGAGGUUUACACUCUCCUGACAGAGAAUUACGUCGAAGAUGACGACAGCAUGUUCCGCUUCGACUACUCCAUUCACUUCUUGCGCUGGGCGCUGAAGCCUCCGGAAUUUUUGAGGAACUGGCACCUUGGCGUGCGCGUCAAGGGCGGUGGCAAGCUUGUUGGCUUCAUCACUGGCAUUCCCGCAAAGAUGCGGGUAUAUGACAAGUCUAUCCAGAUGGUGGAGAUCAAUUUUCUCUGCGUGCAUAAGAAGCUGCGAUCGAAGCGCUUGGCCCCAGUCCUCAUCAAGGAGAUCACGCGCCGGGUGAAUCGGGAGAAUGUCUGGCAGGCAGUCUACACGGCGGGCGUGGUGCUCCCCAGACCGGUCAGCCAGUGCCGCUACUGGCACCGUUCCCUGAACCCGAAGAAGCUCAUCGAAGUGGGGUUUUCCCACCUGGGCCAGCGCAUGACGAUGGCCAGGACCAUCAAACUGUACAAGGUGCCAGACACACCGCAGCUGGCGGGCAUGCGGGAGAUGCGUAAGGAGGAUGUUCCACGGGUCCACGGCCUCGUCACGAACUACCUGCAGAAGUUCUCGUUGCAUCCAGAGUUUACUCCGGACGAGGUGGAGCAUUGGAUGCUGCCAAAGGAAGGCGUGGUGUCAUGUUGGGUGCGUGAGAACGAGAAGGGCGAGGUCACUGACGUCUUUUCGUUCUAUAGCCUGCCAUCUUCGAUUCUGGGCAACCCGAAGCACAACCUGCUCAGAGCAGCCUACUCAUACUGGAACGUGGCCACCACUGUGCCGCUGCAGGAUUUGAUGCUGGAUGCUCUCAGCGUGGCAAAGCAGCAGGGGUUUGAUGUCUUCAACGCCCUCGACAUUAUGGACAACGAGUCUUUCUUGAAGGACUUGAAGUUUGGCAUCGGCGAUGGGUAUCUGCAGUAUUACCUCUACAACUGGAAGUGCCCCAAGAUCGAGCCGCGAAGCGUAGGGCUGGUCCUGCUGUAG